AACUUUGAAUUCACAAUAACAUCAGAAAUGGGUAUUUUAAGUAGGCUAUUAGUCAUUAGUCCGAAGCAUGUUCGGUUUUAGUCGUGUAGGCCCGUAAACCUAUUUUCCAACAGCAGGUGCAUGAUUCUAGUAAUGUUGCUGUAGUCUCUCUACACCAGUCUCUCUACACCAGCUAAAGAGUGAUGUGACAUGAUAUUCAGUUUCUUAACCUUCUUAACUAAAUGUAUCAUCGUCGUGGCUGCAGUGUCUUCGUUUUCCUUUUAAACAGAGAGACGUCAACAACUUGUUACGUCAGUGGGAAAACCCAGUACAAAGAUGUUGGGCAAUCAAGUUCUAGUUCGUUAUGGGGCCUUGGGAAGAUUCCCGAAAAUUAAGGAAUAUAUUGAAACCUGUUUAUGAUGUAGAUACGAUUAUAAUUGUCAAUAUUUUACCCCAGCAACACUUCACCAAUUGUCGUUAACCGUACAAAAAUCCUGAAUUCACCAUCAUGGGCAAACAAUGCAUGCAUGACCAAAAUAGUUAGUGGUGUCACGAGAUGCGUUUCCAGGAAGGAGAUCAAAUAAUAUUCCCUGGGCCCCCCUUCCUCCCCCUCCUCAUCAUGGCUUCUGCUUCUGUUGGGGAGAGUCAACUCAAAAGGAUCAUCAGAGAUCUGCAUGAUGUUGUAGCAGAGCUGUGCAAAGAACACAAGGAGUGUGGUGAGCCAAUCACGGAUGACAGCCCCAACCUGCACAAGUUUUCAUACAAAUUUGAGUACCUACUACAGUUUGACCAGAAAGAGAAGACAACCUUUCUGGGCAACAGAAAGGACUACUGGGAUUACUUCUGUGACUGCCUGGCCAAGAUCAAAGGGGCUAACGACGGGAUCCGCUUUGUUAAAUCCAUCCCAGAGCUUAAGACAUCCCUGGGGAAAGGCAGGGCCUUCAUCCGAUAUUCUCUGGUUCACAAGCGGCUUGCCGACACUCUGCAACAAUGUCUCAUCAACCAGAGAGUAACCUGUGACUGGUACUAUGCCCGCAGUCCCUUCCUGAAGUCUCACCUCACAGCUGACAUCAUCAACCAUCUGUAUGAGCUCAACGAGAUCCACUUUGAUGUAGCAGCCAGAGGUCAUGAUCUAGAUUCUGAUUGGCCAACCUUUGCCAGGAGGACUUUGGGAGUUAACUCUCCUGCUUACCCAUGGAAAGCUCCAAGUCGUUGCUCCAGUGUCAACAGCCUGGUUAGCGGCUACUCACAGGCUCAGGAGUUCCUCCCCAUCCCAGACUUUGGACAGAGCCUACUGGGGGACCUGGGAGAACUGGGAGAGCCCUCCCCUUGCAGUGUAGCCGAUGACCUCCGUAUUGAGCUUGACCAAUCAGAACUGAGGCAACAGGAGCUGCUGGAGCGUGUGCGCGAGUUGGGGGAUGAAACAACCGAGCUGAGGGGUGUGGUCAAAGACCUCGAAGGGCAGAUUCUGGCCUCUCAGACCACACCCCCAAGGCGGGAGCCAAUCACAGACCCCUCCCGACCUUCGGGGGUCAAGGCGAACCCAGAAACAGCCAAAGGGGAGUGGCUCGAAGAUCUCGGAGCCGGCGGAGGAGCACCCCAAAGAGAACUGCAGGCCAGAUUGACUGCGGCCGAGAACAAGAACAUGGAGCUUCUCUCCAAGCUGGAUGACACCCUGAACGAGAAGGGCCACCAGACAGCCAGCUACUGCGACUCAGCCUGGAAGAUCCAGGAGCUCCUGGACAAGCUGAAGGCUGCUGAGGAGGAAAGGCUGGAGGCCAGGAGGGAGGCCGAGGAAAGGUCGAGCUACGCCACGAAGCUAGCUCAGGAAUUGAGCGUCCGGGAGGAGGUGUUGGAGAAAAAACUGGCAGAGUUGAAGGCGGCAAACCAGCAAGAGCAGGACGCCAUGUUGAGACGAGCCGAGGACCUCCAGGGCGCCAUCGGUCGUAUCCAGGGAGGGCUCUCCUUGAAAGAGAAGGAGUCCGGGAACCUGAGAGCCCAGCUGCAAGACCUGCAAGCCUCGCUGGGCCGGGAGAGGCAAGCGGAGGAGCUGAAGAAGAGGCUGCAGGAGGAGAGGGAGGACAUGCUGCUGCCGAGGUGCUCUGAGGGCAGUGCCGGCCAGAGGGAAGCGCUAGAGGAUCAGCUUCAGGCUCUGAGAGAGCAGCUCAAGGCCAGGGAGACAGAGCUGGCGGAAAGCUCAGCGAGAAUCCGACAACUGGAAGAGCACACUGAGAAGCUGACUCAAGAGAAUCCGAGCUAUUGUAAUUCCGGGGCUGGGACUGAGGCCAUGGACCAGGACACUAAGCAAGCCCUGCAUGACCAGCUAGCUACCCUGAGGGCCUCAGAGAAACAUCUCAAGUUCCGGUUGGAUGCAGCUCAGUUGACUGUGGAGGAAAGGGAGAGGAGGUUGCUGGACGAGAACCAGACUUUGGUGGAGAGCGUAGAAAGAGCCCUUAUACAGAGAGAGGCCUCAGAGACUAAGCUCAAGAAGCUCGAGCAGGAGAACAAGAACCUGACGGAGGUCGAGGCGGCGGUGAAAGAGGAGUUGGCCUCAGCCCACGUAGAACUGGCCUCUGUCACAACCAAGGCCUCGGAGAUGGAGAAGAACCUCAAGGUGUCUGAGAAGCAUCAGACGGACCUCCAGGAGAAGCUGGGUGAGGCGGAGCCUCGGCUCCACGAAAGAACCCAAAAAUGUGAACUUCUUCAAGCCAGGGCAGAGGAGCUGGAACGCAGGAGCGGGGACCUGGAGAGGGAGAAGGGAUCGGCGGAGAGCUCCCACUCUGAGAAGCUGUCCAGGGACAAGAACCAAGAUCCAGCUGCCUUGUCCCUGGAGGUUCAGGAGGCUUCAUCCAGGCUGGUGCUCUCUGAAGCCCACCUGGAUCUCACCCAGCGGGAAGUGGCCAGGCUCCAGGCAGAGGUGGUGGGGCUUCGCACGGCGCUUCAGGCUGGGUCUGAGGAGCACAUGAAGACCCAGGCCCUGGCGGAGGUGACGGAGGCCUCUCGAGAAGACCUCCGGGCCCUGGCCGAGCAGCUCAAGGCCCAGGUGGAGGAGCUGAACCGGCGCCACGUGAACGAGCUGCUCCGGUCUAGGGAGCGAGAGGAGGCGCUGGGGCGCGAGCGCGACGGCGAGGCCCAGGCGAGGGCCGGCCUCGCCGCGGAGGUCACCUUGACCCGGGAGGAGCUGGACGCCCUGAAGAGACGCUACGAGGCCCUGGCGCUGGAGAACAGCGAGGCCAGGGAGGCGCUGCACCUCGCCAACCAGGAGACGGCCGAGCUGGGCGUUCACGUGUGCCAGCUGACGGCGGAGAACGAGGAGGCACGCCUGCGCUGGGAGGGCGUGUCCACCCGGCUGGAGGAGCUGGAGGAGGCGGAGGCGGUGAAAGAGGCCGACGGGCUCAACGCCACCAUAGUGGGGCUUCGUCAGGAGAACCAGUCCCUCCUGGCCCAGCUCCACCAGGAGGACGGCCUGCCGUCGGCCACGGAGCAACUCCAGGAGAGGCUGGCUGAGGGGGAGGCCAGGGGCCUGCAGGAGACCGGGGCAGAGGAGAUCCAGGCCCUCCGGGUCCAGCUCAGCACCCAGGCCCUAGACCACCAAAAGCAGCUCCUGGUUAUGAAGGAGGAGUUUCAGGAAGUCAGAUCACAGCUGGAGGCAGAACAAUACACGGUGUUAAAUAUGGAGACCAAAGUAAAACAUCUAGAGAGCGAGACCCAGAGCUAUACUCAGGCGAUAGAAGAGAAGAAUGCUCAACUAGCCAAGUCUGAGAAUGACAUCUCUCAGAAGGAAGAGGAACUAAGCCAGCUGAAAGGGAACUUGACCAGGUGUGAGGAGAGCUUGGCGGGGUCGGAGAAGUCCUGCCAGGACCUGAGGGACCGUCUACAUCGAGCCAUCACGGAGAAACAGAACGUGGACCUGCGCACCUCCGCAGAGCUGGAUGACCUCUACCGCACCAAGAUCAACCUGGAGGAGAGACUCAUCCAACUCAUCAGGGAGAAGGACGCUCUGUGGCAGAAGUCGGACGCCCUGGAGUUUGAGCAGAAGCUACGCGACGAGGAGACAGAGAGGGACGUCAACUACUGCCUGGGCUGCCACAGCCAGUUCAGCUGGUGGCUCCGCAAACACAACUGCAGGUUGUGCGGCCGUCCGUUCUGCUACUACUGCUGCAGCAACACGGUGAGCACCCAGCAGGGCGGCGCCAGAGAGCGAUGCUGCCGUGACUGCUACAGCCAGCACAGCGCUGUGGUGGAGCGCCACCCGCAGCAGGACGUGGGAAGCGCUCCAGACCCUCCGUUUGGCCCCCUGCCCCAGCCUGGCAGGACCGCUUCCAGCACAGCAGAGCAGGGUUUAGCGCCGGACGAUGGGGUGUUUGACAUCAUCUCCGAGGAGGAGGUGAACGGGGUGUACGACACCGACCUCUCCUUCUCCACUCCCUGCUCUCCCGGACACAGACAGCAGGGGGCAGCAGAGCUGAACAGCAGCACCAGUGCGGGCGACACCACUUCUGAAGAUGCCGAGGACCUCAGUGCUUCUGUGCAGGACGCUGAGAUCUGUCUGCUCAGGGCUGGCGAGCUCACGCUCUGCGUCCCCUUCUCUGUGGAUGACAUCACAGGAUUCGGGGACUCGUCCCGAGAGCUCUUCGUCAAGUCCAGUUGCUACAGCCUCAUCCCCAUCGCCGUGGGCAACGCUGGGCCGACGAUCAGCUGGGUGUUCACGUCUGAGCCCAAGAGCAUAUCCUUCAGCGUGGUCUACCGGGAGGAUACCGAGAUCCCUCUGGACCAGGCUAAGGUCCUGAUCCCUCUGACUCGCUGCAGCUCCCACAAGGAGACCAUCCAGGGAGAGCUGAAGGUGAGGAACCCAGGGGAAUACACGCUCAUUUUCGACAACUCCUUUUCCAGGUUCAUCUCCAAGAAGGUGUUGUACCGUCUGAGUGUGGAGAAGCCUGUGGUCUACGACGGCAGUGACAGUGUGUAGCUGCAGGGAGAGGGAGAGCUCUGCGGGGCUCAGCCCCCAGCCCGAGGCUCAGCCCCAGCCCGAGGCUCAGCCCCCAGCCCGAGGCUCAGCCCCCAGCCCGAGGCUCAGCCCCAGCCCGAGGCUCAGCCCCAGCCCGGGCUCAGC